GCUAAGAUGGCGGCGGCGGCGGGGACAGCGCCCCGCUCCGGGCCCGGGGACCGGGCCGCCGCGUCGGGGGCGGACUAGAGCCUUCCGGGCGCUCGCGUCCCAGCCGCGGCCCGGACCCGGGCCCUGGCCCUGGCGCGGCCCCGCCCGGCGGGCGGCCGACCCCGGCGCGCCCAUGCACCCCGUGUCGCCGGCCGCCGCGCAGUACCGCCGCGGGAGCCCGGAGGACGCGCGCCGCCCCGAGGCCCGCCGGGCGCGGGCGCCCCGAGGCCCGGACCCCAACGGCCUGGCGCCCCCCGGAGCCGGCGGCCCCGCGCUGGGCCCGUCCGGAGCCGCCCCCGGGGAGCCGGGCGAAGUGGACAAGUUUAAGGCGAAGUUCCUGACCGCCUGGAACAACGUCAAGUACGGUUGGACAGUCAAAAGCCGGACCAGCUUCAGCAAGAUCUCCAGCGUCCACCUCUGUGGCCGCCGCUACUGCUUUGAGAGUGAGGGUGACAUCCAGCGUUUCCAACGGGACUUCGGGUCCCGCCUGUGGCUCACCUACCGCCGGGACUUCCCGCCCUUUGCUGGGGGCUGUCUGACUUCGGACUGUGGCUGGGGCUGCAUGUUGCGAAGUGGGCAGAUGAUGCUGGCACAGGGCCUCCUGCUGCAUUUCCUGCCCAGAGACUGGACAUGGGCGGAGGGUGCAGGCCUGAGCCCCCCUGAGCCCUCAGGGUUGGCCUCUCCCAACCGGCACCAUGGGCUUGCCCACUGGAAGCCCCCACGCUGGGCCCAGGGCGCCCCUGAGCUGGAGCAGGAACGCCGGCAUCGGCAGAUUGUGUCCUGGUUCGCCGACCACCCCCAGGCCCCCUUUGGCCUACACCGGCUGGUGGAGCUCGGACAGAGCUGGGGCAAGAAGGCAGGUGACUGGUAUGGGCCAUCCCUUGUGGCACAUAUACUCAGGAAAGCUGUGGAGAGCUGCUCAGAGGUCACCCGCCUGGUGGUGUACGUGUCUCAGGAUUGCACAGUGUACAAAGCAGAUGUGGCCCGCCUGGUGGCCAGGCCGGACUGCACAGCUGAGUGGAAGUCUGUGGUCAUCCUGGUGCCUGUGCGGCUGGGUGGCGAGACUCUCAACCCCGUGUAUGUGCCCUGCGUGAAGGAGCUCCUGCGUUCAGAGCUGUGCCUGGGCAUUAUGGGGGGCAAGCCGCGGCACUCGCUAUAUUUCAUCGGCUACCAGGAUGACUCCCUGCUCUACCUGGACCCCCACUACUGCCAGCCCACCGUGGAUGUCAGCCAGGCUGACUUCCCCCUGGAGUCCUUCCAUUGCACCUCACCCCGCAAGAUGGCCUUCACCAAGAUGGACCCCAGCUGUACUGUGGGGUUCUAUGCUGGAAACAGGAAGGAGUUUGAGACACUAUGCUCAGAGCUGACCAGGGUCCUCAGCUCCUCUUCGGCCACACAGCGGUACCCCAUGUUCACCUUGGCCGAGGGCCAUGCUCAGGACCACAGUCUAGACAACCUCUGCUCCCAGCCAACUCUGCAGCUCCCUCGCACUGGGCGGCUCCUCAAGGCUAAGCGCCCCAGCUCUGAGGACUUUGUGUUUUUAUAAAGGGAUGGGAUGGGGGAGAAGAUAGGACAAACACUAUUUAUUUUUUUAUUUAUGUCACACUGGAUGUGGGAGCUUGACCUCUGGUGGUGAUGGUACUUCCCACUUCUCACCCCCUUAAGCGCAGCUGAGACCAGCCCAGGAAACCUCCAGGCUGGGGCCGUUAAGCCAGGGACAGAGCCCAAAGGCCUGCCUCCUGCCAUUUGGGCCCUCCUCACAAGGCAAGGAGGGAGGGAUGGCAGGUGGGCUCCCAGGCACUCACUCAGGGCCUGACUCAAGUACUGUAGUUUGCACUGGACUGCUUGUGCCCUCACUGGCCUCAAAGCGUCUAUCCUAAGGGCUGGUGGCGGUGUGGGAACUGGCUGCUGGGGGCCAAUAAAGCCAUCUGACUUGA